GGUGCGGUGCUUGACCGCUUGUCACUGCACUUCAUUUUCGUGCCCGUCCAAAAGUCAUGGACAAGGCGGCCGGUGUCUGUUUGUUCACCAAAAUCGGUUCAAACACAGCGCAGCUGCGACAGUGAGUGGACUUUCUUGAGGCAGAGCAGGUACAUCGUCAUCAUAGGUUAGGAAGCCUGUCAAGAUCUCCACAGUCACCUUCAUUCUCAUAGAUAACCUAGUCCUCCAUAGCCCACUGCAGAAUGGGAUCCAGACAGGGUGAUAUACCAGCGCUGGAGUCUGGUGUAUCGGGGGGAUUCUUUGGGGGGUUCUCGUCCCCUAUUGGUAUGUCCAGACGAGCCUUUAGCUAUGACGAGGCCCUGGACGCUCCCAUGCACUCCCCUCCCCCUGACAUGUGUGUCAACAACCCAUGGAAUGACCCUCUCAUCCCACAGAGGAAGUUCAAGAGGAUUGCUGAGGAGGACGAGAGUGGGAAUGGGAAGACACUGACCUUCUCUGCCGCACCGGUCAAGCCCCCUGUCCCUGUGGUCAAGGCCAAAGCCUCCUCUCUCAUGAACACACUCAUGAUCAAGCAGACCCAGGAGAGCCUCCAGAGGUUUGAGCUCCAGGCAGGGCUGACAGAAGCUGGCUACACCCCCCACAAGGGCCUCUCUGUUGAGGACACACAAUUCCACCGCCUGGCUGAGGGGCCGAUGCCUAAGCUGAGAAUGCCAAGUGGGGAUUUCAAGGAGGACAGGCUUUCGACAUCAGCUCAAUCCACCCCUUGUGGCACCCCUUCCGGGACCCCCUCCGUUACCCCCAGCGUCAGUCCCCACUCCUCACCGAUACUCAACCGCAGGAGCUGGUUCAACAGGCUGAGUCCGGCACCGUUUCUCGCCACACCGGAGCUCGGCAGUCCUAACUUCGGCCCAGAAAUGGGAGGCAACGAGGGAGGAGGAGCCGGAGGGGAGAGGUGGAGCUUCUUUGGAACUUCUCGCCCAGUAGUACAGAAGUCCUCUACUGACCCCGGUUCAGAAACCAACACAGGCUUCACACUACAGUCGUACUUUGGCGUGCCGAAGUCCAACACCAUGGAGGGCAUCAAGACCCAGGUCAACCUCAUGGUGGACGACCCUGCCAAGUUCAACCCCCCCAAGAUCGAGAUCAGCGGCAUCGAGGGCAAGAGACCCCCCCAGACUCGCCCACACAAACUCAAACCCCGGGACAUGAACGUCCUGACGCCAUCGGGAUUCUGAUACCCCCUGGAGCCCUCUCCCCUGAAUCCUACCGACCCUCGCCCCUUGUCGGCCUACCCUCACCCCCUGUUGGCCUACCCUCGCCCCCUGUUGGCCUACCCUCGCCCCCUGUCGACCAGUAGCUGGUCUACUACACUCCUGUCUCCUCAGCCUCUAUGGAAGCCCUGAGACAGAGAAGAUGGAGGUCAAGCUACCGAACUAUUCCCUAAACCUUACUGUUCUACCUGACCCUAUUCCUGCUGCUAGUGACCCUACUAUAGACCUCUCCCUCUUUAGUGCCAACCCCCCUUGGUCCAAUUAAAGCACCAAAACAGAGCAUUUCCACCUAUCUCGCCUUAAGAGGGUCCCAGUUCCUUGGUGCUUUGGCAUAUGAUGCCCUGUUGUCAUUGUCGUCCUCUUGUCAGUGAUGUCAUGAGAUUGAAAUGGUGGUUAUGAUGUCUCAUGAGUCAAUGAACCAGUACCCGGGCUUGAGGAGACCAUGAAUAUGACGAGAUCUUCUCUAACGCCUAGGAUCCUUCAAGUCAAAGUCCCAUUAACCAGCUCUGCAAACGUUAUGUCAAAAUACGUUCUGUACUCACCGCAAUAUGGCGUUUCGCAGAGCAACUAUCGUCAUUACUGCCGUUACGCACUGUAUUUACUUCCAAAAAAGGUCUGUAUUGCUGCAGGAUCAGCCGACCUGUGCGUGGCAGUAAUGAGUCAUUUUAUUGGAGGCGCCGAAGGUGGAUUUGGCGCAUGCGCACUUGGUCAAAAAUGAGAUUUUUUUUUUUCUAAUAGUUGCUCUGAGAAACUCCAUAUUUUGGUGAGUACCGAACUCAUUUUUACAUAACGCUUGCAGAGCUGGUUAGUGGGAUUUUUACUUGAAAGAUCCUGGGCAUCAGAGGAGAUCUCGUCAUAUUAAUCGUCUUCUUAAGCCCAGGUACUGGUUCAAUCAGUCCCCUGCUCUGACAAAAACCGGCAUGGUUCCUUAUAUUAACUCCCUCUCGCUAAAAGCACUGUACAGCCCCCAGCCAAUGCCAUUUCACUCAACUAGACUCAAUCACCUCUGUUGACAGUCUUAUGCUUUGGUAGUUUGAUAGUUUUACAUAGUUUUCUUUUUUUGGUGCAAUGAGACGUUGUGCCUAAGCUUGCUUCUGGCAUCUGCCACAUCAGUUGAUCUUAUUUUUUUUCAAGAGUCUUGGAUGAGAGAGUGGCUACUGCUAACCUGGAAUAAAAAAAAAAUGUAUGUAUAUAUAUAUAUAUAUAUAUAUAUAUAUAUAUAUAUAUAUACAUACA